CCCUUAAACAAAAGUCCAAAAGGCGCAGCACCCUCUUGGCCUCUCCUCUCUCACAGUCUCACUCAGCCACUCUCCUCCUUCCUCUCAUCGAGCUCCUCCCUCACUUCCUCACUCCCUCACUUCCGUCUCUCUGGCCUCUGAACGAACACACUGAAGAACGCAGAGAAGAGAACUCGAACGCAGCUUGGAGGAAGCACCGAAGCAGCCCUCCAUCUCGUCGCCCUUGUUCGCCGCGCGUCCGCCUCCUUUUUGGCCAACCCUUGUUCUGCCCGUGUGCGAGCUGCUUAGCCCUCUGUUCAGCCCUCUACGCCGCGUGUUCGAGCCUCUGUUCAGCCUCUGUUCCGCCGCCUUUCAGCCACCGUUCCGCCGUUGUUCCGCCUCCGUUCAGCCAUCUCCGUCGCGUUUUAAAGCUCCUCCCUCUUCCUGUGCUGUUUGAAUUUCAGAACUGCCCCAUCCCAGGAUUGUAGAAAGAAGAAGACUGAUGAUGUCUGGAUACGUUAGACGUACGUUGUCCUGUAGGAACUUUUUUAUGCUUCGGAGCUCUGCUCUUCAGGGUUUUGAUGCCACUCACAUUAUCAGAUCACCAAUUAACACUCAGAUCUUUGAUAACAAUAGAGAUUUAUCAGUUCCAGCAGCUAAUUUUAUCAUAGAAAGUCGCAGAUCCUUUGCUAAAGGAAGGAGGUUAAAGGAUGAAGCCGGUGUCAGUACCAUUGAAGUUCCACCAAAUGUUGGGCCUAAUAUCAAGGCAAGUGCUAUGUCACAGAUGGAGGCUGCAAUGGCUGCGCUAUCAACUGAACUAAGCAAACUACGAACUGGAAGGGCCUCUCCAGGAAUGCUGGACCACAUUAUUGUAGAAACUGGUGGUAUUAAGAUGCCUUUGAAUCGGAUUGCUGUUGUUUCAGUCAUGGAUCCAAAAACAUUAUCUGUUAAUCCCUAUGAUCCAGAGACACUUAAACAAUUAGAGAAUGCCAUUGUUUCAUCACCAUUGGGGUUAAAUCCUAAAGCAGAUGGUGAGAGAUUAAUUGCCGUUAUCCCACCAUUGACCAAAGAGCACAUGCAGGCCAUGACUAAGUUGGUUGCUAAAUCUUGUGAAGAUGCUCGACAAAGUAUUAGAAGAGCACGACAAAAGGCAAUGGAUGCAAUUAAGAAAUUGUAUUCAAGCCUCCCAAAGGAUGACAUAAAAAGAUUGGAGAAAGAGGUUGAUGAUUUGACCAAAAAAUUUAUCAAGAAUGCAGAAGAUACAUGCAAAGCAAAGGAGAAAGAAAUUAGUCAAGGUUGAUUUGUAGUUUCAUUGCUAACAUCGUUGAAGCUUGACUGUCUUAUCUGUCGUUACUCGUUAUACGUAGGAAUUUGUUGGUAUUCUGGCAAUUUUUUGAAUAUACAUAAAAUGAGCAUGGCAA